AUGGGGCAGCGGCAGCGGCGGGGCCCGGCCGUGCUGCUCCUCGCCCUGGGGCACCUGGCCGGGCUGCUGGCAGCGGGACCCGCCUGUGCUGACGCUUACCGCGGCCUCUCGGACUGCGUGCUCAAGCUGGGGGACAGCAUGGCUACGUACGAGGAGGAGGAGGGCAUCGAGCUGCAGGGGCUGCACAGGGUCUGCAGGUAUUGGGAUGAAUUCCACACCUGUGCCCUGACAGUGCUCUGGGAGUGCCAGAAGGAAGCAGCAGCUGUCUGGGAGACGCUGAGAAGGGAGUCCAGAAAAACCAAAUUUCAAGGCAGCUUGUUUGACCUGUGCAGCCCCAGCAUGGCCCAGAGCUCUGCCUGGACCCACGUUCCCAACAUUUCCAUGCUCAGCAUCCCUCUCAUCGUCACUUGGCUGAACUUAUGAACUGCAGCUCUGUGAGUACCCCAGCAGAAGUGGUGGCAGGGUGUGGCGUGGCACCUUUCUGAUGUGUUUUCCAAACCUUGGAGGAAUACACUGUGUGGAGCUCAGAAACUCCCAGCUCCAUCCUGCACCUGUGAGACAUGGAAGAGCUUGGCAGCAUCUCCAGGGUGUUGAAAUUCCUCUGUAAUUCGGAGUAACUCCUCUCUCUCACCCUUCUGCCUGAAGGCACAGGCACAGAUCUGGCUGUCGGGAGAUUUGGGAACUUGUAAAUACAGGGCACAGGAUUUGGGGAGAAAUGAUAAA